AUGAAAAUUCUAUUUAGUCUUUUAUUAGUUUAAUUUUUAAGAGCAGCUAUUGCUGAUUUUUGCCCUAGUGGAUAAUAUGGUCAUAACAGAAAAUUGUGCAUUCACUGUCAAGAUAACUAUUCAAGAACUAAAGGUUCAAAUGUAAGCUCUUCUUCAUGUUUUCCAUGUCCUGAAAAUUAAACCUCUGUAUCAGGAAAUACAUGCUCACCAUGCCCAAACAACUUUUACUCUUAUAGUGGUCAAUACUGUAUUGCUUGCCCUGAUAAUUAAUAAUCAAUCAGUGGUUAAUCUUGUACUAUAUGUCCUCCAGGUCAGUCAUCUAUUUCAGGAACAAGCUGUGAAAUUGCAACUACAUUUUCUAAAAAUUUAUAAUAAUUUUUUAUAAAAUCUGUUUUGAUAAGUAUGUUUUUAAUAUCAUGA